UUGAGGGCUCUAACCGUCACUUUGUACGAAAACUUCCUUGAACAGGCUCAUUAGCAUAUCUAGGGUGGCAAGAUGAGCAAGGUAUCGUUUAGGGCUCGGGCGCUGGACGCCACGAAGCCCAUGCCUGUUUUCAGGGCGGAUGAGAUACCUGAUCUACCUGAUUUUGCAACGAUCAACAGAUCUGUACCUCUGAUGCCGACUGGAAUGGAAAAAGAAGAGGAAACGGAGCACCAUCUUCAGAGAGCCUUGUCCGCACAGCAGGUCUAUGGGACAUCUGAGGCACUGGUUAUUCCUAUUCCUGAAGUGGAAGAUAUUGCUGAGAAGUAUGACCAAUAUUACAAGCAGGACUUCAAACUGGGGAAGCAGUACAUCCACAUUCAGGCGUUUGGUAUGGACCAGGAAAUACCAGACUAUGACAUGGACAGCGAGGACGAGGGCUGGCUCAAUGAGCAGGCCAAGAAGAUGGAAAUCACGCCUCUCAAGUUUGAAGAGAUGAUGGAUAGGUUGGAAAAAGGCAGUGGUCAGCAGGUGGUUACCCUCCAGGAAGCUAAGUUGUUACUGAAAGAAGAUGAUGAUCUUAUCAUUGCAGUGUAUGACUAUUGGCUCAAUAAACGGUUACGCACACAACAGCCAUUGAUAGCAACUGUGAAGACUGAGAAGCGUGAUGGGUCAACCACAAAUAACCCAUACGUAGCCUUCCGACGGAGAACGGAGAAGAUGCAAACGAGAAAGAAUCGCAAGAAUGAUGAAGUCUCAUAUGAAAAAAUGUUGAAACUCAGGAGGGACCUCAGUCGUGCAGUUACGUUGCUGGAAGUGAUCAAGAGAAGGGAAAAGUCCAAGAAAGAGUUGCUUCAGUUAACAAUAGAAGUUUUAGAAAAAAGGUACCAAAGUGAAGAUUUUGAUGGCAAGUUGUUAGCUCAUGCUGAAGCUGAGCGACAUAAGCAUCCGUCUUUCAUUCCACCAUUUAGUCUCUCAAAGUCUGGGGAGUGGGUCCAGGGGGUGAAUGGGGAUAUUGCCCCCAAACCCAAGAAGCGAGCAUAUCGAAAACGGAAACAAUCCCAGCAGCAACAGCAUCAUCACCAUCACAACCACCAUCAUCAAACGUCCAACAUUACCUCAUCCCACUACAGCGAAGUGGACAUCUUGCAUCCAGAUAUAGACAGCUCUGAUGAUGACGGGCUUUCUCCUGGUAUGUCUCCAUCAGAUCAUGAAGAUGAAAAUGAUCCUGAUGGUCCAUUUGCCUUCAAGAGAAGGAAACAUUGUCAUUAUUUCACUCCUCUCAUGGGUCGUCAAGGCAACUGGUCCUGGUGUAGUCCUGAUGAAGGUGGCCUUGGUGAUAAAAAAUACAGAUAUUCUCUCAUGUCACUACCUCCUCCAAGAAACUGUGUUGGGUUCUCCAGGCGUCGAGUUGGCAGGGGUGGGCGAGUCAUUCUGGAUCGAGCUUAUACACCCUGGGAUGACGGCCUAGACAGACUCGACCUAGGUGAUCCCUCACAUUCACCUGAAGUGCUCGGUGAAUAUGUCACAUAUAUACGGGGGAAAAAAAUUCCUCAUUUUCGUCCAAAAACUCCGCCCCCUGACAGUGACUCUAGGCAUGGUAGUCGGUCACCGUCAAGUACUCCGGUUUCUGUCGAGUUUAACUUUGAGACCUACCAGUCUCAUAAAGAACAAUUGCUUGAAAUGAAACGGGAACAGGAGGAAAAACUGCUUCAACUUGAAGCGUCUGAGAUAGACUCUUCUGUGAUUCUUGGCCAAUCUUUCUCAUCACAGCCAACUUCAAGGUUUACAUUGGACUCUGCCAGUGCCGAGUUUGCUGUGAGUGCAGUGAUGAAUUCUUCUCAGCUUCCCAGUGCAAAUAUUGGUGCUACAACAACAACUACUACUACUACAACUACAUCCACUUCUUCAUCUUCAUCCUCAUCGAACAAUAUAACAACUACCCCAUCUGUUUCAUUACCCCCCCCGUGUCAACAUCACCAUCAUCAUUGUUGUCGGCGUCACUAACUGCACCGCCAAUUAUUGUGACGACACAGACGACCACAACACCACCAACAGUUGCUGUCACAACAAAUGGACCAUUGAUAGACAGUAAAACAAGUGGACUUUCAACCUCACCAGCAGCUAACAUUCUUCAGUUAAACUUCCCUCUCAAUGUGUGUUCAGUGACAACGGCAGCAGUUACAACAGCUUUGACAGCAGCUACGUCAGUGAAGGUGUCCUCGGCAUCGACGUUCAUGAAGCCAUCUGUAAACAACAAAGUGAUGCCAGCCAACACCAGCACAUUCAAGCUGUCAACAACACCGGCCACAGCACUCAAUUUGCUCAAACAAAACCAUGAAGACCACAAUGCUGUGAGCACUUUCAACAAAGACCAAGUUUUGCCAAUGGAUGUUACUUGAUGGUUGGAGAGAGUAGUCUUCUGAUUAUUUACUCUUCAACAGUGAGCGUGCGCUGGUACUGCCACCUGCGCGUGGCUCACACUCCUGCCCUACCAGUCCGACUCAAGAUGGAGUUGGUGUAGUGCCAGACGACGGAACUAUUCAUUACAACAGCCAUGCAUACAACCCUGGCUGCAGUGCAACACCACAUGUAGAAAAACAUGCUUCGGAAUGGGCAACACUCAUUGUAUUGUUUAGAAUGUUGUGCAUAUAUUCUUGUACAAGUGAUAUGGGGACUAACAACAGAAAUACUUGUCAUGUGUGAAGUGCUUAUGAUUAAAUCUAGAUGCUACAUGUUACAGCUGUUGUCCAGUUAAACACCCAUUAUAGUGAUGCUGCAAUUCUACGGGUAAUUCUAUGGAAUGCGUGUGUGUGACAUGUAAAUGGAAUGUGUAAUGUUAUUCAUCUUCUACAUUCUACCUUGUCUCCAUGGUCGACUGCUUGACCAUUACUUCCCAUUGUGUCUCACAAGCAGGGAUAAACAGGUUUCUAGUGCUUGACCUUUACUUAUGUGUAUCACAAGCAGGGAAUGGAUGGCAUCAAGUGUUUGACCAUUUACUUCCUAAUGUGUAUCACAGGCAGGGAUAGGCAUCAAAUGGGUAUUGGCAAUCGCUUAUUCCAAUUUGAUAAGAUACUUGAGAAUUUUAGUGUUACAAAUAAUUGAGUUCUUGUUCGAAUCAUGUUAGAAAAUAAGAUUCCUAGAAUUCUUGGACAAGGUAUGUUGCAAUCAUGUCAGUACUGAAAUGAUUGGGCAGAUCCUCAAGUUCAUAUAUUUCUUGAAAGACUCAGUUAUGUAUUGAAAGUACAUUAUUAUUCUUAAAAGCAAACCUUGCCUACAAGAACAGACAAGUACUCCCAUUAUAGAUCAUGAAACCCUAUGUGCAUGGAAUCCAGUGUGCCAAAAAAAAAUCACUUUAGCAUCUGUCAUUGACUAAGUUCAUCCUGUAGACUGCCCAGUUAUUCUUGGAGCUGUCAAUGUAGGAAAUACAGUUAACUUGUGAGAGAAAUUGUCAUAUCAAUUUGAGAAAAUGAUGCUGUAAGGCUUCACCUAACCAGAUCCAUUAAGACACACAUGGGGGGGAUCUGCCACUCAAGGGAGGUAACUAUGUUGCCUGUUCCUGUGAAGGGUGGAUUUACUUGACAAUUUCUUAUUUCCCCCCCCCUACAUGAACGUGAUAGUAACUCUUAUUGAAAUAUGUUUAGUUUGUGCUUAAUGAUCAAUUGUAAUGUUAUUUUAAGAAUAUAUGCAAGUCAGGCAUCAAAAUAAUUUUUCUCACAUGUAAAAUGUUUUUUGUCCAUUUAGCUAUCCACCCAAAGCAGUAGAAAGAAGGUACAUAUGUAGAAGCACUGUACACACGGGCUUGCAAGUUACAUAGGGAGCACAAGAGAAAAAUCAAAAGACAUCACAAUAUGAUCAUUGACAGAAGCUUUCACCAUUAUCUCUAACAGUUAUUAGUGCUUGUGUCGUGCCCAUCAGUCAUAUUGUAUGCUCUGAUAGUCAUCUUAAUAAGAAUACUUACUAAGUGAACAGUGUGUAAAUAGAACUAAACAGAAUUUCUAUGCAUUCAUCUGGAACAAAUUCUGAAAAGGCAAAAUUGGAAAUGUCUGAAAACAUAUGUUUUGCAUCUUGACCAAAAAAAAGUUACCAUAAGCAGAGUUUGUUUUUGAAUGUGAUUACUGAAGAAGAAUGUGAAAUUGUUAGUGAUUCUAUGAAACUGAGAAUGUUGUGAUUCUCUGUGUACCAGUUAGUGAGAUGUGUGAGAGUUGCCACAUACUGUGUGGCAGUUUGAGUGGCAUUGUAUCAGCAGAGGCACUGGAACGCUGAUCUGGAACUCCCAACACACACAUCUUUUAACAUAACUGUAAAUAAUUUUAGAUUUUAAAUAAGGUACUAUUUUGCCAUCCAGUUAAUAUUUCCCCCUUUUUUCUCCGAGGGAAUAGGAGAUUUGAGGUAUACUGCAAAAAACAACAUCAAAACAAUAGUUAAGGACUACCUGUUUCUUUCUCAUGGGUUACUGACGACAGAUAAUCUUUAAUAGUGUGAAAGAAUCGGGUCAUCCUUAACGUUUGUUUAGCAGUAUAUUUAAUAUAUCAUAGCCUGAUAAAUUUCAUAUCCUUUCUAAUAAAGAUAUAUAUGUGCAAUGUUAGUAGAUGUAAAAAAAAUAUUUGGAGAAUAACAAAUGAAAUUUUUCUUCAAAGUGAAUUACACUUUUUAAAAAUUCCCUGCUCUCUAUAAACCAGUUCUUUUUGUAGAAUCAGGAGGCGCUACAAUAUACUAAAGUAUAGAUGCUGAAGUUCUGUAUUCUGUUUGUUACACACUUCCUAAGUGGCUUUUUCUUGUUGAUGUUAUGUAACAUAGAUGUAUGUUGUCAAAUGUUGAUUUUCUGUUAGAUGUGGAUAUAGAUUAGGGAGCACUGAAAAUCAAAUGCCGAACACAAUACUUGCUCUGUGUUGCUCUAAAAUAUAUUUUGGAUAUUUCAGAGAAAAAAAAUGUUCUUGUCUUGAAAUGAUAGUUUGUUCAUAUCUCCAAUAUUUAAAAUUGUAAAUGUACGGGAUGAUAUGUCAGUGUUGUCCUCAGAAUUCCCAUUCCUCUUGUGAACUCAGCUGAUUGGAAUCAUGUAACAUGUAUCACUGUUAAAGAAUUGUACAGUCAACUUUGGUUGGACAUGGAGAAAAACAAGGUCCAGUUUAACAAACCCAAAUCUCAUCCCUAAGCAUUUUAGACAAAGGAUAAUGAUAUAUAUUUUUUCUCUUUCUUUCUUCUUUUUUUUUUUUUUUAUUUUUUUUUUUUUUUUUUAUUUAUUUAUUAUUUAACUCUGAAACAGCAGACAGAAUCAUUAGUUAUUUGGUAAUAAAUGUAUCAAGAGUUGACUGUAUGUCGAGGAAUUAUUGAAUUUUACUUUCAGAAAUGCAAACUAACUCAUGUUAUUGUAAAGCUCAUUUAGCAGUAAUUUCUUGUUGGCAUGGAGCUUAAGACUGCCAACACAUUUGACAUACAAACUGCUGUAGGUCCACAUUCCAUGUAGAUAUUUAAGUUGUUAACCAUCUUAUUUUCAGCGUUCCAAUACCUUGCAAACCUAGUCAAAUCUCAAGUCAUAUGUAAUUGCUAUUCUGAUAUCUUCAUAGUCCUAAUUUUUGCAGCAAAUUCAUGGUUAAUUUUUUGGUGGUUAAAAAUCCAUAAAUUUGAAAGCUUGUAAUACCUUAUUAACUGUUCAGAUAUCAUGGAUAUAAGGUUGUCAGCAACCAACAAAAGCAAAGAUAACUUGAAUCUAUUUUGUUUUGUUUUUUGUUUUUUGGUCUUCAAAAUUGUUUAAACAAAUGUUAAGACAGAAAAUUGUCAGUGGCUUUGCAUCUGGAUACAAAUCUGGCUGUGGUCAUUUUGAGUCCAUAAUGCCACAGGCUGACUUGAGGUUUGGCUUGUACUUCUGUAAGCUAGCCGGACAGACUGUUUGACGGAGAACUUGCUGAAUGUAGAAUGACGAUUUCCUUCAAAGCACGGCUGGGUUAGAGAUUGAGCAAUGAUCUGUGAUAUUGGGGGUGUGAGUGUAUGCACACCAGGUUUUCAUGAGAAUAAUAAACAUUUGUACAGAGUCGAGAAACAAA